AAUGGUGUUCGAAUCGCUUGUCGCCGACCUGCUCAACAGGUUCUUAGGCGACUUUGUCGAUAACUUGGACUCAUCACAACUUAAUAUUGGCAUUUGGGGAGGAGAUGUGAAACUCGAUAAUCUGCAAGUUAAAGAAACUGCGUUAGAUGACUUCGAUUUGCCAAUAAAAUUAAAAUAUGGAUAUCUUUCUUCUCUGGUACUCAAAAUUCCAUGGAAGAAUCUUUACAAUGAGCCCGUUAUCGCUACCGUAGACGGUCUCAAUCUCAUUGUGGUGCCUAAUAAGGGUGUUGUGUAUAAUGAAGAAAAGGUGGCAAAGAAUAUUCAAGAAAUCAAACAGAAGACAUUGGCUCGGUUGGAAGAGGCUCGAAAAGAGCGCAGAAAGCCAAAAGAUCCACAAGCGGACACAUUCACUGAAAAGAUGAUAACACAGAUUAUUAAAAAUCUGCAGAUCUCUGUAUCCAACAUUCAUGUUCGUUUCGAGGAUAGAUACACCAAUCGUCAUCGUCCUUUUGCAAUGGGAAUCACUCUGGAAAAGCUUAAUUUCAAGACCACUGACGAAAACUGGAGAGAGACGAUUCACAAGGAUGUGGUAAAGAUUAUCUACAAGUUGGUGUCUCUUCAGAAUUUGGCGAUUUAUUGGAAUUCUUCUACGGAAUUCAUAUCCGAUCUUGAUGACAAGGAAGCCAUUCGUAAGAAAUUGCAAGAAACUAUUCAUAAUGGAAAGAAUGGACCUGAAGGAUACAAUUAUAUUCUGGAGCCAAUUCAAAUGGAGGCGAAAUUGAAGUUGAAUCAAAAGCCGGAAACUGAUGGCUCCAACUGGAAGAUUCCUAAAAUUGACUUGGCUGUCGAUAUGCAUGCACUUUCGAUUGCUAUUGGUAAAUUCCAAUAUCAAGAUGUUUUGUUAUUCCUCGAGGCUCAAGAAAGAUUCAAUGCAGCUGGGCAAUAUCUGAAAUAUCGUCCAAAUCUGAAUGAAUUCAAAGGGCAUUACAAGGCAUGGUGGAAAUUCGCGUACACUUCAAUCCUUGAAGAGAAGGUGAGACGUCGUCGCAACAAUUGGUCUUGGGAUCGAAUGCAGAAACAUCGUCAAUUGGUCAGGAAAUACCAGAAAGCUUGGGUCAGAAGGCAAACGGAGGCAAGCCCAGGAGCGGAUGUUCAAGCUACAAUUAAAGAGGCUGAGAAGAAAUUAGAUGUUUUCAAUGUUAACGUUGCACGACAACAAGCCGAGCUAGAAAUUGACAGAGAAGGAUUGACUCGCCAAGAAGACAAACCAACUGGAUGGGUUGCUUGGGGCAAGAGUUGGUUUGGCGGUGGAGGUGGACCAACUCCAGAUAAAAAGAAGGGCGCAAAAGAUAUUGGAUCUCAAUUCCAAGAAGCGAUGACUCCAGAAGAAAAGGCGAAACUAUUCGAAGCUAUUGACUAUCAAGAAAACAUUCCACCAACCAACUAUCCAAAAGAGUUUGUUGAAAAUAAAUUCGACUUCAAGCUUGGACAAGUUGCAAUUGUUGUCGAUGGAGCUGUUUCAAUGCAACUUCUCAAACUCGUUGCGAGUGUCGAACAAAGGCCAAGUGCUAGUGCAAUGCACGUCGAAUCAUCGAUCCAAGAGCUUCGAAUGGAUGGUUGCGGUACAGAAAUUAUUCGUGUUCGUGAUCCUUCUAUUCCUUGGAUGUCCUUCCUUCUUGACACUAAUCCACUAAAAGGAAAUUAUGAUCAACUCGUGAAACUCGCUGUUGCUCCUAUUAAUAUCAAGUAUCAGGCUCCAGCCAUCAACAAUGCCAUCGACGUGUUUAAACCACCGGAGUCAGUUCGUCUGAAUCAACUAACUGCGCUUGCAAUGUCUCGAUACGAAGAGGUCAAAGCAAGAUCAGCUACAGGAUUGGCAUAUGCAGUCGAACAUCGUUCUCGGCUCGUGCUUGACGUUCAGAUUCAACCGGCUCGAAUUUAUGUCAGCGAAGGUGGAACUUAUAGUUCUGAGAAGCCGACACUACUCGCUGAUAUGGGUCUCCUCUCCGUUGUGACAGUUGACAAUUCAUCGGUAGAUACUUCCGGAAUGAAUAAAAUGGCUGCUCUGAUGGAAAAAGCUUAUGAUCGAUUCCAUGUCAAGCUGAGCAAUGUUGUUAUCGCUUUUGCUGAAAAUGUGGAGACAGCGGAGAAUUGCGUAUUUGAAAAGGAAUCUCCACUUCAUGUUCUCAAACCAACUGGAUUAGAUAUUCAAAUUCAUAAAAGUUCAAUUGACGAUUUGAAACUCGCAAAAAUGAGAGUUAUCGGAGAUUUGCCGAAUAUUGUCAUAGGAAUUUCCGACGAUCGUCUAAUCGGACUAAUGAAGCUCGGUCUCUCUAUUCCUACUCCCAAAGCUGAUGAGAAAACGAAAGCUGAAAAAGAACUUGAAGUUCCUGUUGCAAAGAUCAAGGAUCGAGCAAAAAUGAGAACUAUAAUGGAAGUGGAGGAAAUGGAAGAAGAUGUCACACAGAAAGAAGAAGGAGGCGAUGAUGAUGAAAAAGAAAAGAAAAAGAAGACCAGUGAGCAGCAGGUGCAGAUUGAACUCGAUCUUCGUCUCAAUCAAAUUGGUGUUGUGGUUUAUCGGAAGGAUGCUGUGUUCUGUGACGUUUCUAUUCUUAAAAUGGCUUGCAAACUUCAAAUGCGAACAUUUGACAUGGUUGUUACCGCUGAGCUCGGCUCUAUCAAAAUCUCAAUGCCCGAAUUCAAAUCGUUGGAUGAGAAACGCGAACAUCUUUAUCUUAUCGACAAUGAUGAGCUACAAGGUGCACUGAUGACUCUGAAGUUUGUUCAAGCUAAUCCAGAAUCUCCAUUCUUUGCCACGGAAUACGCUCUUACGGAACAAUCUGUUGAUUUCCGCUUCACCAAAUUGGCGGUCUCUCUUCACCAAGAAGGGGUUUUGGAACUUAAAGCGUUUGGUGAAGCACUUCAAGCACAACUCAACGAACUUCAGAAAAAUACACCAGAAGAGAAGAAAGUCGAGGAGACGGCUAGAAAAAUCAGUAGAAAACUUAGUGACAGCGUCAUGUCAAUUGCUUCAAUGAGUAGAACACCUUCUGGAAAAGAAAAGAGACAACGGAAGAAGACAGUUGGAUCAGCUACCCAGGAGAUGGAUGUUUCUCGAAAUAUCAAGCAACGGAUCAAGGCUUCGUUUGGAAGUUUGGCUCUGAUGAUAGGAACACAAAAACAUUUAGAGACAAGUUUGGCAAUUGAAAAUAUCAAUGCGAACGUAAAAAUCACUGAAAAAGCUAUGGAAGUUGUUGCUACUCUGCGUGCAAUUUCUAUGAAGGAUCGAACUCCAGGAGCUGUUUAUAAGAAGUUGCUUUCAGUUACUGGCAAGGAAGAUAUGCUUCGUUUUGAUUUUGUUCAAUAUCAAAGAACUGAUGAGCAGCGUGCAUUGAUGAAGUCAUCUGAUGUCGAUAUGGUUGUCAAAAUGCGUCUCGCUCAAAUGAGAUUCGUUUUUCUUAAUCUCUGGCUGGCUAGACUGAUGGCAUGGUUAGCACCUUUCCAAAAUGAAGCAGUCCUUGCUGCUCAGGCUGCUCAAGCGGCUGCCGCCGAAAAAGCUGCUACAGCUGCCCAAAAUGUGAAGCAGAUUAUGGAACAAUCGCCACCAAGAAUUCAGCUUGAUGUUAUUCUCGAAGCACCAUUCAUCGUUGUCCCACGACUUUCAACAUCUCGUGACGUCAUUGUGCUUCAUUUGGGACGUUUGGCAUUGAAGAAUGAGAUUCGCGGAGAUUCCGAAUACCCGAAAGCCAUCAUUGAUCGAAUGGAUAUUCUGAUGACUGAUUGUUCAUUUGGAAUGGGUGUUAUGAAUGAGGAUGUGUCAGCUGUUUCAUCAUCUUGUUUGAUUCUUAAACCUAUUUCAUUCAAAUUGGCUCUUCAGCGAAACUUGACAUUCGCCGUCGCGAAAGAACUUCCUGAAAUAGUAGUUGAUGCUCAUAUUCAUUCAAUUGAAGCUGAAAUGUCGGACGCUGAUUACAAGACUCUAAUGCAGACACUGUCAGGAAAUCUUGCCGAGGGAGCUGAUCUUGCUAUUCCGCCGCCUCCACCACCAUCAUCACUAGAAUCUUCUAACACUGCAGCAGCAUUAACUUCGCCAGGAAAAGAAAAGGAGAAGAAGGAUCGUGAAGCCAAUGCUGGACCACCAGUUAUCGAGAAGUCACAUACUCGAAUUGUGUUCCAGUUCGUACUUGAUAAGAUUUCAGCAGUUCUUUACGAGGGAGAAGCUGUCAACGGUGAACGAAAAGAAUCUGAUGCUUUCGCUGCUCUUCGAUUGAAAAAUGUGAAAACUUCGGGAAAGAUUGGAGAAGAUAACUCUAUUGUAUUUGCCAUGUCUUUAGAUGCAUUUACCAUGGACGAUGAGAGAAAGGAGAAGACCAAGAUUUCAAAACUAAUGGAUAAGAAGGGAUCUAAAGACGACCGAUUCUUGGAUAUGAGCUUCAAUCAAGAUGCUGAAGCCAACAAGCAGAUUAGAUUGAAAAUGUCAGCGUUCUUCAUUUGCCUCUGUCCAGAGUUUUUGGGAUGUCUCACACGAUUUUUCAAUGUUCCACAAUCGGAAGAGCAACUUGAGAAACAAGCUGUCACUGCCAAUGUUCCUACUAAAGCAGUCUCAGCGUCUCCAAGUGCUUCGUCAACUUUCACCGGUGGUACCAAAACUUCUUCGGGACCUCCACAACCUGUUGGAACUCUCGCGAUCGAUUGUGAUAUGCAUGGAGUGGAAGUUAUUCUUGUUGAAGAUUCUAUGCAUCCAGAAUCCACUCAAGCACUGAUUCUUUCGUUUAAUGUUACUGCAGCAUCUCAUCCAAAUGAGCAAACCAAAGACACUAAGAUGAAUGUUGCUGUUGAGAAUUUGACAAUUUUCUCGAGUUAUUACCAAUCAAGUCGUCGAAAUGAAGUAACUUAUCAAGUUCUCACUCCAGUAAGAAUCGAAGCACUUGUUAAUAUGAAUACGGAAAGAAAAACAACUGAUGCUGUCCUCAAAAUGUCAGCUUUAGAUAUUAAAAUGUCACCAUCAAUUAUUCGACUUCUAUCUGCUGUAUCCGCCGAAUUCUCCAAAAGUUCUGCACCCGGUGAAACAGGAUCAAUCAGUCAAAAAGCUGCGAAGCUUCGUAAAUGGCCAAAUUACUUCGAUUCCAAGCCAAUUGAUCACCGAAAAUAUUGGUUCUUCGCUGCUCCAGUUGCCCAAGAAGCCGUCGAGGAAGAACUUGAUGUUACUCAGGAAGAUAAAAGCAGAACAGAUUCGAUGAUUGGAAAAGAGAGUGCUAAAGUGGAUAUCGAGCGAAUUUCUUUCACGUUGGAAGCUGGAACUGGAGCUAUUCCUGUUCCUCUAAUCUUCUUAGACAUGCUUGUCAAUGCUGAAGCAUAUGAUUGGUCAUCAGCUAUGCGUGUUUCCUCGGGAGUAUCAGUUCAAAUGUCAUAUUAUAAUGAGUCAGUUAGCGUAUGGGAGCCCAUUAUUGAGCCUGUGGAAAAUGAGAAGGGAGAGUUCGAGAGAUGGAAGUUGGCUAUGACAAUGAAAUCUCGCAAUAAGCAGGAUUCGUCAGAUUCUUCUCCACAAACGGAAGUUAAAAUCGAAGCUGAUAAAAUGUUGAAUGUCACCGUAACAAAAUCCUUGCUCUCAUUGCUCAACAAGCUUUCCGAAGUAUUCGCAACUGCCGCCAAACAGAUUACUCCAACCAAAACCCGCCACCUUCCUGGAAUUUCUCCAUUUGUUGUACUCAACGAAACUGGAAUUUCUGUGAAGGUUCUCGACACCGAAACUAUUCGAGUUAGUGAGAACGGACAAGCUGUCGAUGCCACGCAUGGAGAAUUUGUGGACGUUUUCUUGAAGAACAGAAAGAGUGAUGUGGAAGAUCGUAGAUUGAGUAUCGAACAAGAAGAAAUUACUGGUGAUUUGAAGUUUGAGUUGGCUGGAACUGUACGCGAAACAAAGAUUGGACGAGCUGAAAAGAGGGUCAUUCACUUGCCAAGAGUCAGUGAUGGUGGACACAAGUGGCUUAUUGUCGCCGAAACAACAGUUGAGAAUAGUCGACGCCUCGUAACACUCAAUUCACAUGUCAAGUUCACAAAUCAUUUGUCAUAUGCUGUGGAGAUUUAUUCAAAACGAGAUACCACUUUGGAUCUGUUUGGCACUGUGGAACAUGGAGAAACGAUUCCUCUGGCAGUUCCGUUGCUAUUCUCCCCAUCGGGAGAUAUUUAUUUGAAACCGGUGGACGACAAAUACGAAGUCUCAUUUGAAUCCCUAUGCUGGCACAACUUUGAACACAACCGUCGUCAAGCUGUUCGUUGUGAAGCUGACUCAACCGAUGGUUCAUUCUCUGGAAUCUACAUCGAUUCUGUUGUCCACGAGGAAAAGAUCCAGGAUGGUAUUGAUGAUCAGACAACGAGUAUCUAUCAUGUUCACUUACAUCCUCCACUCGAGUUCCACAACAACCUUCCAUUCGACAUUAAUAUCGAACUUCCUGAACAAAAAGUUCUCGGUGCAGGAAUGUCUACACUUCUUAAUGUUGUCGCUGGUAGCCCGGUUAAAGCGUGGCUCACCUAUCUUGGAGAAAAGUAUGUCUUGGACAUGUCAAUUCCAGAAAUCAAGAAAGAUGUUGAAGUUGUCGCGUUGAACACAGAAACUGGAUCAGAUGAAUUGCUUCUCGGACUCCACUGGACAAGUGAAUAUGGUGAUCAGAAAGUUUACUUGUAUGCUCCAUUCUGGCUUGUGAACAACACAGAUAAGAUGCUUAGACAUGUGGAGAGCAGUGGAAACAUGUUGUCAAACACUGCGCGCGGGUGUGUUCCAUGCGGAAAGAAGUCGGUCGUCACAUCUCAAGAGAACGAUGACGCUGUUCAGCAUCUACCAACUGAGAAUCCAAUCAUCUUGCCAUUCCCUGCAAUAGACUUAUCCAAGAAGAAGAAGGCUCGAGUCAGGAUCGAGAAUCUUAGUGAAUGGUCAGAAGAAUUCCCAUUGGAUACUGUUGGAAACGCCGCUCGUAUCACUUGUAAGGGUUCUGAGCAUGAUUUCGAUCUUACUGUUGAUAUUAAACUCUGCCAGUCAGGUCUGACUAAGAUUGUCACUUUUGCUCCGUUUUACUUGGUUUCAAAUCUUGGAAAGAAUCCCAUGGAAAUUCGUGAAGAAGGUCAAAAAGGAUGGGUUGAUAUUCCAGCUGAGACGUGUGUUGGAAUUUGGCCUGUGGAACGUAAGAAAAGAAAGUUGAUGUGUGUAAGAUAUAAAGAAGAACCAGAAGCCGAGUCUCUUCUCUUCCCAAUCACUGAAAACUAUGAGACUUUGUGUCAUAUGGAUGGAGAAGCAAUUGGAGUUGAAGUAUCAGUAUCAACUGGCGAAUCUUCCGUAGCUAUUCAUCUUUCUUCAUUUGUUCCAGGAAUGUGCCCUGUCCAAGUUAUGAACAAUCUCACGGUUCCCGUCACUUUCGGACAAAAGGGACAUAUUAAAACCACUGUUGGUCCAAAUGAGUUUGCACACUUCUCAUGGUCAAGUAUUAUUGAGCCCAAGGUUCUUGAAGUAGAUAUUGGUGAUUGGCAUUUCGAAGAUAAACUCGAUCAGAAUAGAUUUGGCGAUUUGCAAAUUGAUAAGAGUGUCCGCAGAUUCUCAUAUUAUUCAAACUUCUUGAUAGGAAGACAGCGAGUUCUCCUUUUCACACCGGAUGUUGACAUUGCCAAAGCAGCGUACGGUAGUUGGGAAACUGAUGUUGUUGAUAUGCAAGCAGAAAUUUCACUCCAAGGAUUCGGACUGUCUGUCGUUGAUAACAUUGUCGGUCGUGAAAUCAUUUACAUGGCAAUCUCUUCUUCGGAUAUCCUUUGGGAAGAAGAAGUGAAAAAAGGAAGAUUCAAGCCUCUCGCUGUAAAAUAUAUGCAAGUUUUGGAAGAAAAGUAUCAAGCACAUUUGGUCACUCCUAACGAUGAUUAUGAAGCUAUGGAAGCAUUCGAGGUCAAUGUUAAUCGUAUGAUUAUGAAGAAAAAGAAAGGAAAGGAAGUAAAACUUCGAAGAAUCUUUGAAAAAGGACUUUGGGCUUGUUACGGAAAAAGUUCACAGAGAACUCGACUUCACGCAAAGAUCAAUCAUAUUCAAAUUGAUAACCAGCUCGAUGCAUGCAUCUUCCCGCGUGUCCUCUCAGUCGUUCCACCACCGAAGAGCGUAAUUGUGGACAACACUCCAAAGCCGUUCAUCGAACUUUCACUUCUACAGAGACAACCUGAAUUUUCGUCGAUUGCCGAGAUUGAAUACGGGCAUGUUCUUAUUCAAGAGUUUUCGGUUCAAGUCGAUCAAGGACUCAUAAAUGCGCUUCUUUUGCUCAUAUCAGGAGAAGUGACAAGAAAACCAUAUGGAAAAGAAAUGUUCGACGAAGAUAUCAAAAUUUGCCACGUUACACUCUCUGAAACUGCAAGCACAUACCGUUCUCAGCGCCCCAAGAGCUUCUACAACGAUCUUCACAUUUCUCCAAUUAUGAUGCAUCUCUCUUUCUCACAGGGAGGAACUUCUGGAGACGUUGCAGCUUCAGGAGUAAGCAUGCCUAUCCAAUCAGAAAUGAUCAAUGUUUUGCUUCGAUCUGUAGGAGUAACACUAACAGAACUUCAAGACGUCGUUUUCAAACUUGCAUAUUUCGAGCGUAAAUGUGUCUUUUAUAGUCCAGAGCAGUUGAAUAGCGAAAUUAUUUCUCAUUAUGCCAAACAGUUCAUUAAACAAGUUUAUGUACUUGUAUUAGGACUCGACAUCAUUGGAAAUCCAUUCGGUCUCGUUCGUGACUUGUCUGCUGGAGUUGAAGAUCUUUUCUAUCAGCCAUUCCAAGGUGCUAUUCAGGGUCCAGAGGAAUUCGCUGCCGGAGUUGCACUCGGUGUUCAAUCGAUGUUUGGACAUGCUGUUGGUGGUGCUGCUGGAGCAGUUGGCCGAAUCACUGGAACUGUCGGAAAAGGAGUCGCUGCGCUUACUUUUGACGAUGAUUACAUGAAAAAACGCCAAGAAGAUCUAAAUCGUAAACCACAAUCAUUUGGUGAAGGUAUGGCUCGUGGACUCAAAGGACUUGGAAUGGGAGUUGUUGGAGGAAUAACUGGUGUUGUUACGAAACCAAUAGAAGGAGCAAAACAGGAAGGAGGAUUUGGAUUUGUGAAAGGAGUUGGAAAAGGUCUCAUUGGUGUAGUUACUCGUCCUGUCUCGGGAGUUGUAGACUUUGCCAGUGGUACCAUGAAUUCGGUUCGUGCAGUUGCUGGAACAAAUAGAGAAGCCGGACCACUCAGACCACCCCGUGUACUCCGAGAAGACAAGAUCGUCAAACCAUAUUCGAGCGGAGACGCUUAUGGAUUCAAAGUGUUCAAAGACACAGAUCGUGGAGAGCUCGCUGAAACUGAUGAAUUUGUCACCUACGCAUCUAUCAGCGAAAAAAUGGUUCUCAUUAUAACGGACCGUCGAUUGGUUCUCAGCAAACGUACUGAUAUGAUGGGUGUGUGGCAGACAGAGUGGGGAUCAGAGUACUGUAAGAUCAAAGAGCCCGAGUUUAUUCCAAAUGGUGUCAAAAUUUUGUUGAAGGAAAAGAAGAAGGGAUUCCUCGGAAUCGGUUCCUCUGAAGGAAAGAUAAUCACAUUCCAAAACGCAGAAAAGAUUCAUCCAAAGCUGGCAGCCGCCUACAAGAAGGCAACACUUGCGUAAUACUAUUUUUAUUUAAUCCGUUGAUUUUCUCAUGAAACGGUCAAAAAUGUUCAUAAUACUUUCUAUCAUAUUCUUUUUUGUCACAUUUAUUUUUUGUCUAUCAAAAUAUUGAAUCGCUACGGAUCGUUUUUCUUCAUUUCCUGGUUUAAAAAUUAUUCCCAUAUUUAAAGUUUUAUGUAUCGGCCUCCGUAAUUAAAUUAAAUAAAGCAUUUUCU